AUGGAAAUCACCCGCCAAGGCUCCGAGGGCAUCGGCUUCGAGCGCGUCGUCUGGGUUCCCGAUCCGGCCAAUGGCUACGUCCUCGGCGACAUCACCGACAUCCGCGCCAACGCCCUCUCCGUCAAGCGCCGCGUCGAUGGAAAGGAGACGUACGUGGCCAACAUGCUGAUCUCGAUCAACCCGUACGCCGAGGUGCCCGGCCUGUACUCGACGGAGACGAUGGCCUCCUACAGCGGCAAAUCCAUCGGCCAACAGCCCCCUCAUGUCUAUGCCAUUGCCAACCCGAUCCUCGAGGCGUUCGGCAACGCCAAAACGAGCCGCAACAACAACAGCUCGCGCUUCGGCAAAUUCGUCGAGAUCCACUUUGACAAUAAGAAUGCGGUGACUGGCGGCCACGUGUCGCACUACCUGCUCGAGAAGUCGCGCAUCGUCGGCCAGUCGGAUGGGGAGCGCAACUACCACAUCUUCUACCAGCUGAUCGCCGGCGCCGAUGCCGACAUGUACAAGCUGUACAGCCUCGCGCCGCCUGAUCGCUUCCAUUACCUCCGCCGUGGUAGCGUCGACUUCUUCGCCCGCGCCGACAGCGAGAACGCCAUCAGUCAGGACCGAUUGGCCGCCGAGGGAAAGACGUGCAUCGAUCCGGUCGUCGACGAUGCCGGCGACUUCAAGCGCCUGCUCGCCUGCCUGGAGCAGUGCGGCCUCGACGAGACGACCCGCAAGCAGCUGCUCAGCACCGUCGCCGGCGUGCUUCACCUUGGCAACGUCGAGGUCCCGUUGAAGCCUGCUGAAGCGGCCGCCGCCCGCGACGCCCUCGCCAAGGCCAUCUACUCGCGCCUGUUCGACUGGAUCGUCGCCACCAUCAACAAGAGCAUCCCGUUCACCAACAGCCACAACUACAUUGGCGUCCUGGAUAUUGCUGGCUUUGAAUACUUCACGGUCAACUCGUUCGAGCAGUUCUGCAUCAACUACUGCAACGAGAAGCUGCAGCACUUCUUCAACGAGCGCAUCCUCAAGCAAGAGCAGGAGCUGUACGAGGCCGAGGGGCUGGGCGUGGCCAAGAUCGAGUACGCCGACAACCAGGAUUGCAUUGAACUUUUCGAGAAGAAGGGCACCGGCAUGCUCGACCUGCUCGACGAGGAGAUGCGCCUUCCCAAGCCGUCCGCCGCGAAUUUCACCCAGGGCGUCCACCGGGCCAACCAGAAACACUUCCGGCUGGAUGCGCCCCGCAAAUCGAUGCUGAAGGAGCACCGCGGCAUGCGCGACGAGGACGGCCUGCUCGUCCGCCACUUUGCCGGCACGGUCUGCUACCAGACGGCCGGCUUCUUGGAGAAGAACAACGACGCCCUGCACGCCUCCCUCGAAGCGAUCAUGGAGACGAGCACAAUGCCCCUGAUGAAGCUGCUCUUCGACACCUCGGAGGCCGCUGCCGCAGCGCCGUCGACCCCUGGCCGCAGCCGUCUCGUCGUCCCCUCCGGCACGCACUUUGUCCGGUGCGUCAAGCCGAACUCGUCGAUGUCGCCGUGGAAGUUCGAGGGGGCCGCCGUGCUGGGGCAGCUGCGAUGCGCGGGCAUGGGCUCGGUGCUGCGCCUGAUGCACGCCGGCUACCCGUCGCGCACCGGCUUCAAGGAGCUCUACGACAUGUACGCGUCCGUGUUGCCGCCCGAGUUGGCCCGCCUCGACCCGCGCCUCUUCUGCAAGUGCCUGUUCCGCGUGCUCGGGCUCGACACCACCGACUUCAAGUUUGGGCUCACCAAGGUGUUCUUCCGCCCGGCCAAGUUUGCCGAAUUUGACCAGCUUCUCCGCCAAGACCCGUCGGCGAUGGCCCUGUUGGUGGCGAAGGUGAAGCAGUGGCUGCUCAACGUCCGCUGGCGCAAGGCCCAAUACGGCGUGUGGAGCGUCAUCAAACUCAAGAACAAGAUCGAAUACCGCGCCGAGCGCCUGCGCACCAUCCAGCGCCUCGUGCGCGGCUUCCUCGCCCGCCGUCGCACCCUCCCCCGCCUGGCCCUCUUCAAGAAGGUUGAGGCGCUGACACGCCGCGGCACCGAAAUGCAAGGGAUUGUCGAGCAGCUGGCGCGGGCCUCGAAGGACGAAUGGGAACCGGAAGUGGAUGGCACGCAGAAGGCGCUCGUCGCACUUCUCGGGGAGUGCAAGGACCAGGAAUCCGACCUGGCCGCCAACACGGACGCCUACGAGGAAUGCGUGCGCCGCGUUGACAAGAUCAUCUCCGCCCUCAAAGGCCAAAUGGCCACCGACGAGGCGGAGCGCCUGGCCGCCAUCGAGCGCCAGAUGCAGCUGGAGCGCGAGCGCGAGGAGGCCGCCCACGCUGAGCAGCUGGCCGCUGCCCAGCUGCGCGAGGAGAACGAGCGGAAGCGCCGCGAGCUGGAGGAGGAGCGCGAGCGUGCGGAACGCGUCCACCUGGCCCGCCUCGAGCAGCAGAGGGAGGAGCUGCUGGCCCGCGCCGAACAAGUGCGCCAGGACGCCAUGCUCGCCACCCGCAUCGCCCAGCAAGAACAGCUCGACGCCCAGCUGGCCGCCCGCCUGGCCGCCGAGGAGCGUGGCCAGGCCACCCUUGUCGAGCCCCCGCCAACCGCUGUCGCCCCGCCCCCGACCGCAUCGUCGUCGCCGGUGGCCUCGGGUGGCCCCAGCGCCGCCAAGCGCGCCAAGUACGACCUGGCCACGUGGAAAUACGCCGCGCUCCGGGAGCAGAUCAACACCUCUGACGACGCCGAGCUGGUGGUGGCGUGCAAGGAGGAGUUCCACCGCCGUCUCCGCACGUUCAGCGAAUGGAAGACGAAGAACCAGACCGACAAGGAGAAGAAGACCGAGGCGACCCGCCACGUCCCGUUAGCCCUGCAGAAGACGGAGCAGCCGAAGAGGACGCUCGUCGGCGCCCAGCCCAUCGCCAACCUCGUCUCCACCCAGCAGCGCUACUUCAAGACCCCGCUCGAGGUGCCGCUCGCCAUGAUGCAGUCCAGCAACCGUACACUAUGCGCAGUGUGCGAAGACGUGGCAACGGGUAACCACUAUAAUGUGGCGUCGUGCAACGGGUGCAAAACGUUCUUCCGUCGCGCCAUUGUGAACAAGCGCAACUUUGUUUGUAUGGGUGAUGGCAAUUGUGCGGUUAAUAAAGGUGUCAGAUGCGCUUGUCGGCAUUGUCGAUUGAAAAAAAUGUCUUCUGGCUGGCAUGGACACCAAUGCGAUUCAAAA